AAAAAAAAAAAAAAUCUAGCUAAGAAAGAACGUCACCUAUAUAGACACACCACAGAUCGUCCAGCUUUCACAAUCUCCUCCACCCUUCCCAGCGGCGGCCAAGCGGAUCAGUAAUGGAGGAGGGGCAUCCCCUAAACGGCGAAUCACAACUUGGCUUGAAGGUUAACUGGCCCGAAGCGCCUUGGCCUUUUCAUUGGAGCCUGAACUUACCGAGAGGUUGCUAGCCUUCCACUGGAGAUGGAGUAUUUGCCGCCGGUGUUGCAGACGUGGCGAAACAGAUUCUCCUUCCCCAGAAAGGAGGUGUGUGAAGAGUUUUUGUCCUCUAGGAUAGAGAUGGUGAGUGUGGGAGUCAGCACAGAGCCCUGCCAUGCCAGGUGGGAAGUAGAGACAGAUGAAACUGUCCUACAGCGGCGGCAAAAGCAAAUAGAUUAUGGCAAGCGCACACCUGGUUACCAGUGCUUUCUGCAGCAGGUCCCCAAGGCACAGAGGCAGCCAGGACUUCACCCUCAAACACCAAACAAAAACAGGAGGUACAGCCGCCGCUCCUGGGAUGCCCAGAUCAGGCAGUGGAGAAGAGCCCUACAUUCUUGGGACCCACCCAGCCAGCCUCUGCAGGGCAUGGGGCCUAAGGGGCAAGAGAUGGAGAGUCUCUUAGAGCCAAUGGAUUCCACCUCUUUGGAUGACCUCCUGGAUGACUGGCUCCAGCCCCUGGAACUCUCAGAGAACUUGGAUGGAGACCAAAGGGAACCCAGGCAACAUCCUCUGCUAAAACCCAUUGGAGCAGGAUCAGAGAGGGAGUCUGGUCCAUGAGGUCACAAUCAAUAUGGGCUUCAAGGUAGUAGUCCAAGAAAAGAAGUAAAAUGGGGCUGCAGGAAAAAAUGGCAUGACAUGAAUAAAAAAAACCUUGAGAACUAAAA